CAACGGGCGGCGCGGGCCGGAAGCGGCUCCGUGGGCGGACGCGAGCUGGGCCGGCGUGUGGGACGCCGCGUCCUGGGGCGCCUGAGGUCGGCAGUGCUGUCUCCGUGCGGCGUAACUCCUUGUUCGCGGUGUCCUGGCCGCCGCAGCCUCGCAGGACGAUGGUGACCCGCCUGCUGCUGCGCCCCUGGGCCCGCGGUCCUGCGAUGGGCCCGGCAGCCCCGUGUCGGCCCCUCAGCGCCGGCUCCAGGCCCGGCCAGUACCUGCAGCGCAGCCUGGUGCCCACCAUGCACUACCAGGACAGCCUGCCCAGGCUGCCUAUUCCCAAACUUGAAGACACCAUUAGGAGAUACCUCAAUGCACAGAAGCCUCUCUUGGAUGACAGCCAGUUCAGGAAAACAGAACAGCUUUGCAAGAGUUUUGAAAGUGGGAUUGGAAAAGAGCUGCACGAGCAGCUGGUUGCUCAGGACAAGCAGAAUAAACACACGAGCUACAUUUCAGGCCCCUGGUUUGAUAUGUACUUAACUGCGCGAGACUCCAUUGUCUUGAACUUUAAUCCAUUUAUCGCAUUCAAUCCUGACCCAAAGUCUGAGUAUAAUGACCAGCUCACCCGGGCGACCAACCUGACUGUUUCUGCCGUCCGGUUCCUGAAGACACUGCGGGCUGGCCUUUUGGAGCCAGAAGUGUUCCACUUGAACCCUGCCAAAAGUGACACUGAUACCUUCAAGAGACUCAUACGCUUUGUGCCUUCCUCUCUGUCCUGGUAUGGUGCCUACUUGGUCAAUGCGUAUCCCCUGGAUAUGUCACAGUAUUUUCGGCUUUUCAAUUCAACUCGUUUACCCAGACCCAGUCGGGAUGAACUCUUCACUGAUGACAAGGCCAGACACCUCCUUGUUCUAAGAAAAGGACAUUUCUAUGUCUUUGAUGUCCUGGAUCAAGAUGGGAACAUUGUGAGCCCCUCUGAAAUCCAAGCUCAUCUGAAGUACAUUCUCUCAGACAACAGCCCCGCCCCUGAGUUUCCACUGGCGUAUCUGACCAGUGAGAACCGAGACGUGUGGGCAGAGCUCAGGCAGAAGCUGGUGAAUGGGGGCAACGAGGAGACCCUGAGGAAGGUGGACUCUGCUGUGUUCUGUCUCUGCCUAGAUGACUUCCCCAUCAAGGACCUAAUCCACUUGUCCCACAGCAUGCUUCACGGUGAUGGCACCAACCGCUGGUUUGAUAAAUCCUUUAACCUCGUGAUAGCUGAGGACGGCACUGCUGGCGUCCACUUUGAACAUGCUUGGGGCGACGGUGUGGCAGUGCUCAGGUUCUUUCAUGAAGUGUUUAAAGACAGCACUCAGGCCCCCGCCAUCACUCCACAGAGCCAGCCGGCCAGGACUGACUCCUCCAUUGCCGUGCAGAAACUCAGCUUCAAGCUGAGUGAUGCCUUGAAGACUGGCAUCAGUGCUGCUAAGGACAAGUUUGAUGCCACCGUGACAACCCUCACCAUCGACAUCAUCCGGUUUCAGAGAGGAGGCAAAGAAUUCCUGAAGAAGCAGAAGCUGAGCCCUGACUCGGUGGCCCAGCUGGCCUUCCAGAUGGCCUUUCUGAGGCAGUACGGGCAGACCGUGGCCACCUACGAGUCCUGUAGCACAGCAGCAUUCAAGCACGGCCGCACCGAGACCAUCCGCCCGGCCUCCGUCUUCACAAAGAGGUGCUCUGAGGCCUUUGUCAGGGAGCCCUCCAAGCACAGUGCUGCGGAGCUUCAGCAGAUGAUGGCCGAGUGCUCCAAGUACCACAGCCGGCUGACCAAAGAGGCAGCAAUGGGCCAGGGCUUUGACCGCCACUUGUUUGUUCUGCGGUACUUGGCAGCAGCCAAAGGGAUUUCCGUGCCUGAGCUGUUCCUGGACCCUGCAUACGGGCAGAUUAACCACAACGUCCUGUCCACGAGCACGCUGAGCAGCCCAGAAGUGAGCCUUGGCGGCUUUGCCCCCGUGGUCCCCGAUGGCUUUGGCGUUGGGUAUGCUGUUCACGACGAUUGGAUAGGCUGCAACGUCUCCUCCUACCCAGGCCGCAACAGCCAGGAGUUUCUCCAGUGUGUGGAGAAGGCCUUGGAAGACAUGUUUGAUGCCUUAGAAGGCAAAGCCAUCAAAACUUAGCUUCUGGGCCGGUGAAAAGCCUCCAUCGCUUCAUCGCCAUGAAAAUUGGGGCCGAUGUAACCAAUAGGUGCUACUCUGUGACUAAUGCAGCUGACUGUGAGGUGCCCGGGCUGUAAGGCUUGAGCUUUAAAAUCCUGGCGUUAAAGCUAAACAUGUAAUUUCCAAGUGGGACUAGAUCACAACUAAAGAUGAUGGGAGAUUUCAAUUUCAAGGGGAUUUGGUCAAGGGAUAGGAUUCGGAAAAAUAAUUCAGGUGUAUUUAUUGUUGAAGCAGAAAUAAAAUUUGAUUAUUGCUUGGA